AUGUCUAUCGUGGAGAAAAUGUCUACAGCAGAUUUGAUGGAGAAUCUCAGGGAAGAACUCACCUGUUUUAUCUGCUUGGACUAUUUCAACAGCCCGGUGACCACCGAGUGUGGACAUAGCUUUUGCCUGAUGUGUCUCCUCAAGAACUGGGAGGAACAUAAUACACCUUUGUCUUGUCCUGAGUGCUGGAGGACCUUGGAUGGCCCCCAUUUCCAGCCCAAUGAGCGCUUGGGGAGGCUGGCCAACAUUGGCAGGCAACUCAGAUCCCAGGUGCUACAGAAUGAGGAUGAACAAGGCAGCUUUGGGAGAACAGCAGCAGCAGCAGCCACUAAGGUGUUCUCUGAUGAUGAGCAGAGUACAAAUUCUUUCUCAACCCAAAGUCAUGGAGUAAACAGAGUGUAUCUCUCAAGUGAGGCUGAGGAACAACACAAAGAGAAACUCCAGGAAAUCCUAAAUCUUUUGCGUAAAAAGAAGAAGGAAGCUCAGAUUAUAUUAACCCAUGAGAAGGAGAGAGUGAUAUUGUGUAAGGAAGAGAUGAAGACUUGUAAACAGGUUGUUGUGUCCGAAUAUAUGAAAAUGCACCAGUUCCUGAAGGAAGAGGAGCAGCUACAACUUCAGCUACUAGAAAAAGAGGAAAGAGAGAAUAUGAAGAAACUGAGGGAGAAUGAGAUCCAGCUGACCCAGCUAAUCAGAAGCCUAAGUAAAAUGAUUGGACAGAUUGAGUCUGCAUUUCAGAACUCGACUUUAGAAUCUUUUGAGGAAGUAAGAGGAGCACUGGAAAGGAGUGAGACACUCUUGCUUCAGUGUCCAGAGGCCACCACCACAGAACUGAGUCUGUGCCGCAUCACUGGAAUGAGGGAGAUGCUAAGAAAAUUCAGCUCGGAUAUAACUCUGGAUCCAGCCACAGCCAAUGCCUAUCUAGUCUUGUCUGAGGAUCUGAAAAGUGUGCGAUAUGGAGCAACCAGACAACAGUUACCUGACAACCCGGAGAGAUUUGACCAGUCUGCUACUGUGCUGGGCACUCAGAUCUUUACCUCUGGGAGACACUAUUGGGAGGUGGAAGUGGGAAACAAGACAGAGUGGGAAGUGGGCAUCUGCAAGGACUCAGUGAGCAGAAAGGGGAAUCUCCCUAAGCCCCCUGGGGACCUAUUCUCACUCAUAGGUUUGAAAAUUGGAGAUGAUUACAGUCUUUGGGUCUCAUCGCCCUUAAAAGGCCAACAUGUCAGAGAGCCGGUGCACAAGGUUGGUGUUUUCCUAGACUAUGAAUCUGGACAUAUAGCAUUCUACAAUGUGACAGACGAGUCCCUCAUCUACAGCUUCCCGCCAGCCUCUUUCCAAGAGGCUCUCAGGCCUAUCUUUUCCCCUUGCCUCCCAAAUGAAGGGACAAAUACAGACCCUCUCACCAUCUGCUCACUGACUAGCCAUGCCUGA